UGACCAUGGCCGCACUCAUCAAACUUAGUCUUUUUGUGAUUACCAUAAUAGCGAUGGUUAACUCGCAGCGCGUCGUUGAUGUUUCCGUGGGCGUGCCUCCAAUUAUGCCGUGGAUUCCACAAUGGGUGCAGUGCGAAUUUGAGUACGGAACAUAUAUUAAUGGUCCCACAUGUAACGAUUGCUACAGCACCUACUACUGCACGCCUAAAGGGGGCAUCUUGAGGAACUGCUUCGGAUGGUCACCUUACUGUGUUGCCGGAAAAUGUGUUAAAGAACCCAGUGCGGACUGCGCAGAUGUUGAGGCGGAUGUUGAGACAGUCACCGACGUUUAUUAGGGUCUGAUCGUGUGAU